AUGGGCUGCAAUCUGUGCACUUUACAGAAGCGAGAGGAACACUACAAGCUGCUGUAUGAGAUUGCACAGGUGAAUGGGAAAGAGUUGUCCAAGUCCAGCCGUGAGGAGACUGUGGAGACCUUUCGCACUGCCAAGGACCCCGUUGUGGUUCAGGUCAUCAGGCGGACCCCCAGUGGCCGACCCCAUGGCCCCCCUCAGGAAAUCCAUGUGGUGGAUGUGUGCACUCAGACUGACAUCACCUUUGAACACAUCAUGGCGCUGGCAAAGCUCCGGCCUUCAACCCCUCCUGUGCCUGACGUCUGUCCCUUCAUGCUCUCUGACAGCUGUCAUUCUCUGCAUACAAUGGACCAGGAAUACUAUGAAGGGACAGAUUACCUCUCCCCUGUUCCAGUGGAUGGAGAGAGGACAGAGGAGUUUGAAUAUGAGGAAGUGGAAUUGUGUCGACUCAGCAGCCAGGAGAAGUUGGGGCUAACUCUGUGCUAUAGGACAGAUGAAGAAGAGGAUGUGGCCAUCUAUGUCAGUGAGAUCAGUCCAAACAGCAUCGCUGCCAAAGACGGACGCAUCCGAGAGGGGGAUCGCAUUUUACAGAUAAAUGGUCAAGAUGUGCAGGACAGAGAGGAAGCAAUGGCUGCACUCUCCAAUGAAGAGUGCAGGAACAUCGUACUGCUGGUUGCCAGACCUGAGAUGCAGCUGGAGGAGGCCUGGCUGGAUGAUGAGCACAGUGAGUUCCUGGAGCAGCUGAAGAUGGAAAUGCUAGAGGAGCAGCAGAGGGAGGAGAUGGAAUUGGCUGCCCUUCAGGAGGAGCAGGAAAAUGAACAGAAAGAAGAAGAUGACAAGCCCACCUGCUCCACACUGCAUCAUAAGGACAGUAUACUGAGUAUCAAAGACAGAAUUGAGAGCUCAGAGCAUAAUGUCCUGGCACACAUCCAAAAACGUCUGUCCCAGUGCCUGAGAGACAAUCGGGACACACACUGUAUCACCAGCUCCACAGGGUUGGAGGACAAAGACGAUGAAGACGAUGAGGAAACAGAGGGUGAUCGUUUCCAGCAGCUCUUGGAGCUGAAGUGUCAGAUUCGAAACAGCGGUGAGUACGACCUGUUCUACAGCCGCCGCAGCACCAUUGAGUGCAGCAUGGGGGAGCAGGGUGGCGUACAACAUGAGCUACGCAUGCUCAACGAGGAGCUGCGCAGCAUCGAGCUUGAAUGUCAGAACAUCAUGCAGGCCCACAAGCUUCGUAAGGGCCAGCAGUCCUCUACCACAGGCCACUCUGCCCCCUCCACCAAAAACCAAAGCCUCCAUCAGCCAACAAAGGGUAAACUGGAAGACAUUAAUGGGAGGCUGGAAAAAUCGGACAAGGACAGCUCCAGUGCCUAUAACACGGCGGAGAGUUCACGGAGCACCCCCUUGGCAAUGGAUCGCUCCCCAGAGCACUCGCUCCAGAGGAUGGUCAGUCUCACCAACCAGAGAAACCUCUGUGGUGGCCUUGCCACUGGCCACUCACUUAGCCCUAGCCCCAUCCCAGGAUGGCGCGCUCCAAUCUUGGGCAACAGCAGCCCUGACCACAGCAAUCCUUCUGAGUCAGACCAGACACCUCAGGCUGAGGAGGAAAGGAGGAGUAAAUUAAAGCCAUGUGCUUCCCAAAUUCCUUACUUCUCCCCUUCCCACAGCUCCCAGCAACGACAGGUCAACAUCCCAGCUCAUGCCCGCCACUACCAGAGCUACAUGCAGCUGAUCCAGCAGCGUUCAGCUGUAGAGUAUGCCCAGAGCCAGCUCAGCCUGCUCAGUGUCUGCAAAGAGCCUCAGAGGCCCAUUAAUGAGCCCAAGAUGGAGUGGAAGGUAAAGAUCCGCAGUGACGGCACACGUUACAUCACCAAGAGGCCUGUGAGAGACAAGAUCCUGAGGGAGCGAGCACUAAAGAUUAAAGAAGAGCGUAGUGGAGGAAUGACCACGGAUGACGAUGCAAUGAGCGAAAUGAAGAUGGGGAGGUACUGGAGCAAAGAGGAAAGAAAGCAGCACCUGCUCAGGGCAAAGGAACAGAGGAAAAGACGAGAGUUCAUGCAGCGCAGUCGGCUGGAAAGUUUGAAGGAGAACCCUCAGAGCAGCAGCGAGGGUCGAAAGGAAGUCAGCAUUAUUGAGCUCAGCCACAAAAAGAUGAUGAAGAAACGUAACAAGAAGAUCCUAGACAACUGGAUGACCAUCCAGGAGCUGAUGACCCAUGGUACGAAGGCUCCUGAGGGAGCCAAGGUUCACAACGCCUUCUUAUCAGUCACUACUGUAUAA